CUGAACGCCGGUGUGCGCCUGCCGAACACUUGUCUUAUCACUAGUGAUACAAUAUCGUCGUCGUCGUCGUAGUCGCGCGAUCGCGGUCUUGAUAGAUAAAAAUUUAAAAAAAAAUCGUCCCCGACGACGCAGCCGCCGCCACCGCCGCUCAACGCCGGAUCACUGGAUCGCCGUUACUGUCGUACCAUGAGACGGAGUGUUCGCACCGACCGGAUUUCAUCGUAAUUCGUUAUCGCCGUCCAUGCACCAGUUGCUCGGCCAGUGUUCGUGACGACGUCCUCUCUCUCAUCACACGAUAUCAUCAUAAUAUUCGAACACAUCGAUCCGCGACGGCACGGUAGCGCGCGCGGGAAACUUCGAAAAUAUACACUAUAUAAUACUCGUGACGAGACCCCGCCACAUCCGAUCGAAUGGUCCGUUAAAAUAAUUAUAGACUAUUAUUGAUACCGUCGUCGAGUGGUCAUCUGCCGCACGGACGGAGGCAAUUUUUUUUUUCUCUAAAACCGAUAAGUUUCGUCUUUGUUAAAACAAAAAAAAAAAAAAAAAAAAAACGAAAAACGAAAAACGAUAAACGAAAAAUAAAAAUUGUACGUUAAAAACAACAAGUGAACGAUUUACUCGCUGAACCUCCCUACCCUAGAAAAUAAAUAUGGCUCCACACGGGAUCACCUUCUUGAGACUGACCGGUUGGACGUGGAAAAUCGUGUUGGCCCUCAUCGCGUGCAAUCAUCUCGCUCUGAUGUGGCCGUUCUUUUUCGCCGUCGGUUGCAACGCGAAGAUCGAAAACCAGUUCAAACUGCAGUCCGCACCCGUCAUACGCGAACGUGGUGUAACACUCACCGAACUUCGAGUGCCCACUUCCGUGAUGGCCAGCGUAAAGAAUGGCGUCGUGCUUGAUUGCUUGUACACGCUACGUCCAAAUUCCAUCGGUCUAGUGGUAGCCUGGUAUUUCAACAACAGCGCCAGACCGGUUUAUCAGUGGAUUCCUGGACAGAAGCCUUUGAGUAUCGGCGUGUUCCGUCACAGAGCCAAUCUUGACUACAAGGUGUCCGAUGACAACGAAACUAUGCACAGGGCCUUGCACAUCAUCAAUCCGACCAUCGAGCUCUCCGGCGACUAUAGAUGCGUCGUGUCUACUUACCACGAUGAAGAUUUCAUGAUCAAAAGGAUGAUCGUAUACUCCCCGGAGAAGAAGUUUGAUGUAUAUCAGAAAAGAGUCAAUAACGAUACUAUACGAGUAACUUGCAUGGUCUCUGGUGUUUACCCAGUACCUAGACUUACCCUCUACAACAACUCGGUCACAGACAAACAGAGCUACCCGUUGGUUCACUCCCGCGUCGAUAUCAACCGCUUGAAGGACACUUCCUACGAAGUGAUCAUAAGCGUCCUGAUCAACGACGACGACAUUACCACUCAAUCCACUUUGGACUGCGAACUCAAAAUUCCGGACACCCCAUACGUCAAGAGAAAGACUUUCGUUUUCUUCCAAGAUCCAAACGCUGCCAGCAACACCUAUUCCACCAUCUUCUAUGCCGUUGCUUUCUUCUGGGUUUUCAAAUUAAUUGCCUAUUAAAUUGGUAUCAACAAUGAUAGUAUUAACCGCAACCGUAGUCCACAAUAUUUAAAUAACAAUGGUGUAGAAUCAAAUUUAAAAAUGUUUUGCAAUAGACACAAAAAAAAAAUAAAAUAAAAAAUGAAAAUAAAAAAUUAUGAUACAAUAAUACAAUAUUCAAUUCAAUUACAUCAAAAACCGAUGUGGGGGGAAAAACCAUACGCAGCUAGACAUAAUAAUAUGAAUAAUGUAGUAAUAAACAGAAAGUUGGAUAGUAACGAUUUAUUAUUGAAUCAUAAAACAAUUUCAUAUCUGAACAAAUAAAAACUUACAGGAAAAAAAAUGAUAUUGAACCGUCAGAAGUUUGAAGCUAAUAUAAUACCGGACACGCAACUAUUCACUCUACUCACCGUGUUAGUAAAUAAAAUAAUGUUAUUUAGUAUACGAUUUUCCGGUAGUGUAUAAGUCAGUUAUUCAAAAUUAGUUUGAGAAAACGAAAAUUAUAUAUCAUUGUUCAUUAACAAUAAAAUAUCUUUAGUCGUGUUUAAAGUUUUUCCCAGUCGUCAUGAUAAUAUACAUUAAUCACAGUUCAAAACCUUUACACACAAUUUCGUUGACAUUUACUCAGUUAAAUGGUUUAAUACAGAACUGGCACGAAUACACUCAAGUUCGAGUACGUAUGUUUUAAUGUAAGUCAAAAACGACCUAACUCGUUUUUUUUUUUUUUUACGGGUGUUAAUUGAAAAUUUGUCACACUCUCGUUACUUUUAAUAAUUAUUAUUAUACGUUUCGCUCGAACUACCCAAUACUCACGUGUUUAUAAUUAUAAUAUAUUAUACAUAUUGUAUUUAGUCUGGUUGCUACUAAUGCGGGUUAAGCCAAUCAUUUCAUUUAUUAUUUAUAAACGGUUAAAUUAUUAAAUAGUACCUAAUACUAAUUAUUUACAUACAGUAUAUUAUAAUUAUUAUUAUUAUUA